UAUUUUGUUGUGGAUUGAAUAAAUGCGUUUUCUGCGUGUCUUUUUGAGGUCAGAGGCUGUGUCACGGACACGGAAAGAGAGAGAAAGAAAGAGAGAAACCAUUGCUAGAAAUAAUGCUGAACUUCCACUUCCACUUUGUGUUGGGAGCUUCAAGACCCAGAAUAUUUUUUGUGGUAUAAGUAGCAGUUUUCUCAAGUUUCUUCUUCUGGGUUCUCUUUGAAGCUUCUAAAAUUUCCAUUUUUGUUUUAGUUUCUGGAAUUCUCAUUUGGGUUUCAUUUGGUGUAGCAUUUAGCGCUUCACACUCCCAAGACUUGCAAGUUGUUGCAUCUUCUAACUAGAUUGGAACAUUAUCCGCUGAGUGGUGUUUAUCUUGUUUUGAAUUGUCAAUUGUUAAGUGUAUUAUAGCAAAUGUCCUUCCGGAGUAUUGUUCGUGAUGUGAGGGAUGGGUUUGGAAGCUUAUCAAGACGGAGUUUUGAUGUAAGGCUUUCCGGCCAUCACAGGGGCAAGUCACAUAGUUUGGUCCAUGAGUUGCAGGAUCAACUGCCGGUAAUACAGAACAGCCAGUGGGCUAGUCUUCCGCCUGAGCUUCUCCGUGAGGUUGUUAAAAGAUUGGAAGCAGAUGAGAGUACAUGGCCUGCUCGUAAGCAUGUGGUUUCGUGUGCCGGUGUGUGCAAGUCCUGGAGAGAAAUGUGCAAAGAAGUCAUUAACUGUCCUGAGUUCAGUGGGAAGAUUACUUUCCCGGUGUCCCUGAAGCAGCCUGGUUCUAGGGAUGGACUCAUCCAGUGUUUCAUCAAGAGAGACAAAUCUAAUCUGACUUAUCAUCUAUUCCUUUGUCUUAGUCCUGCACUGCUUGUUGAAAAUGGGAAGUUUCUCCUUUCGGCCAAACGUACCCGAAGGACAACUUGCACGGAGUAUAUUAUAUCAACAGAUGCAGAUAACAUAUCAAGAUCUAGUAGCACUUAUAUUGGAAAAUUGAGGUCAAAUUUUCUUGGCACCAAGUUUAUAAUAUAUGAUACACAGCCCCCAUGUAGCACUGCCCAGCUUUCGCCACCGGGCAGAAGCCGUAGGUUUAAUUCAAAAAAAGUUUCUCCAAAGGUUCCCAGUGGCAGCUAUAAUAUUGCUCGGAUCACCUACGAGUUGAAUGUCCUUGGUACUAGGGGUCCACGUAGGAUGAACUGCACCAUGCACACAAUUCCUAUGUCAUCCCUUGAGCCGGGUGGCUGUGUCCCGGGCCAAGCAGAGCUAAUUCCCCGUAACCUCGAGGAUUCCUUCCGGAGCAUCUCCUUCUCAUCAAAAUCGAUUGACCGGUCAUCGGAGUUCAGCAGCGCUAGAUUCUCCGACAUAAUUGGGCUAGGUAACGAAGGGGAAGAGGGUAAAGAAAGACCUCUAGUUCUGAAGAACAAGGCACCGAGAUGGCACGAACAGCUUCAGUGUUGGUGCCUCAACUUUAGGGGAAGGGUGACAGUCGCCUCCGUCAAGAAUUUUCAGCUUAUUGCAGCAACACAACCUCCGGCCGGCACUCCUACGCCGUCGCAGCCGACACAAUCCUCUGACCAUGACAAGAUUAUUCUUCAGUUUGGGAAAGUUGGUAAGGACAUGUUCACCAUGGACUAUAGAUAUCCACUUUCUGCAUUUCAAGCUUUUGCCAUCUGCUUGACUAGCUUUGACACAAAACUGGCAUGUGAAUAGUGUGAGAGAGAUACAUGGUAAGAAAAUAGGAUUCAAUCUUCAUUAAGUUCAUAGUACUGUACACCUCAUAGUUUAAAGUGUAAAGUACAGAACAAUCUGUGCUCAAUGUACAAUUAUAUUUUCCUUGUAUCUUGUUUCUUCUUCUUAUUUUUUCUCUCCUUUUUUUUUUCUUUUUACUACCCUUAUGUUAGUAUGCUACAAACGGUGUCUGGAAACAUAGUUGUUGCUUAUAUGCAUGAUGAGGGAAAAGGUGUGUAGACAUCAUAGGAUUGAGGUAAUGGAAAUGUGGGAGCCUUC